ACGAAACAGCCUGACGAAAACGAAGAGGCACAUAUGUUUUAAUAUUUUUGUGUUUGAAAAUGACUUCCUCUGAAUCCGAUGUAGAAGACUACAUGUCUAUGAAAUUUGAUUUUACCCCAUCAACCUUGCUGAGUAGUGAAGAAAAGCGAAAUUUAGAAUCAAAAGAACGAGGAAUUCAGAAAAGCCAGAGAUCCUUAGAAUAUGAAAGUUUUAAAAAAGGAAUAUCUGAAGUCGUGCCUGAAAAAUCCGUGGGUUCAAAAAAGGCAUUAGAAAUGAUGAAAAAGAUGGGUUACAAGUCUGGCUCAUCGCUGGGUGCAGAACAAAAAGAAGAAAUUGAGCCCUUGUAUGUUGAGAAAAAACAAGACAAGACUGGGAUUGGUUUUGGUAAUGACAAGAAGCGUCGGUUGGAGGAUAUUAUAAAAGAAGAGCGACUAGAGGUUGAAGAACAGGAAAAAUCAAUUGAAGAUUUCUCCACGGAAAAAUCAAAAGAGUAUUUAGAAAAGAAAGUGGCCAUUCAGCUUUCUUCUGCUCAACACGUUCUUGAAAAACUAGAGGCCAAUGAGUUUGAACAGAUUGGUUUGGAAAUGACCCCUGAAAAGGCACAUCCAUACUAUCGUUCUUUAUUGCUUGCGAAAGAAAAAGAUCAAGAGGAAAGAGUUAAACGAAAACGCCUUUCUAGCCGUAUCCCACUCUCCCAACUGGAAACUGCAUCAGAAUUGGAUGUCUCAAAAGGGCAUUUCGAAGAAGAUUUAAACGCAACGGAUGAAGAGCUUCAUUACUUUGACUCACUAUCGGUAAGUCAAUGUGGCAUCCUUAAUCUAUGAAUAGUAUACCAUGGAGAUUGUCCUACCCUGUCAUGUCUCCGUCUAGGAUAGUGCUUUCUUAUGCCUGUUUCAGUAACGGAAAAUGACUUUCUUUUCUACCUCUCUAUGAUAUUUGAUUAUCUUUCGCUAACGCUGAUUUUUAGGAGCUGGAAAAAUUAAGUACGGUUUUACUCUACCUUCGAAGGAAGUACCUCUACUGUCUGUACUGUGGAUUUAGUUAUACUGAUUUGGAAGAUUUGGAUAAGAAUUGUCCAGGUAUUUAUGAAGACGACCAUAGUUGAUAUACGAUAUGAAAAGCUACAAAUACUGAUGAAUAACCUUCUAUAAUAGAAAUCUGAUAAAAGGUAAAAUUAUGAUGUACAAUUUCCUUUCUGUAUCUGUUUCUUCUAUUUCCAUCCUACUACCCCAACCUCUUCUUUGCCGAUUACACUUACU